AUGGCAGACCCUUUCGUAACUUGGAAGGUCGAUGCGACAGAUGAAGGUCGCAAAUUUGGCACUCUUCAGGUCCAAGCAGGUCAUAAACCUGACUCGGCAACCAAAUCAAGAGCCGUUCCAAUAUAUGCAACAGCACCUACUGUCGAGGUAUUUGAGAGGAGAGCUGCGGCUUUAGAAGGCGGCACCGCAGCUGUGGCUACCGCCUCCGGCCAGUCGGCCGUUUUUCAAACCAUUCUUGCUCUGGCAGGAUCUGGAGACAACAUUAUCUCAUCGGUCAACCUAUACGGUGGAAGCUACAGCUUAUUUAAAACCCUUCUUCCCCGACUAGGUAUUGAGGUGAGAUGGGCAUCAAGCGACAAGCCUGAGGAAAUCGCCGGAUAUAUUGACGAGAAAACAAAAAUGGUGUUUGUAGAAACCAUUGGAAAUCCUCGGUGCAGUGUACCGGAUCUCCGAGGAAUCGCAAAUGUCGCACAUCUACAAGGUGUUCCGUUUGUUGUUGACAACACAUUCGGGGCUUGCGGUGCAUUUUGUCGGGCCAUUGACCAUGGAGCAGAUAUUGUGGUUCACUCAGCUACGAAAUGGAUCGGAGGGCAUGGAACAACUGUAGGAGGAGUUAUAAUAGAUUCAGGGCGAUUCGAUUGGGGACAAAGUCCAGCUCGAUUUCCUCAUCUCAUCGAAGAAUCUGGACCUUUGAACUUUUCUUAUUGGAAAGCAUUCGGCAAUUGCGCUUUUGCAGUGGCUCUUCGAAUCAACGUGGUCAUGGAAGUAGGCUCAGUUCUCGGUCCUUUCGCUGCUCAGCAGCUUCUCCUUGGCUUGGAGACUCUCAGCUUAAGGUGUGAGAGGAUCGGGUCGAAUGCGCUGAAAGUCGCACGUUUCUUGGAGUCGGAUCCUCGAAUGAGCUGGGUGAACUAUCCAGGACUUGAGAGAAAUGAAUAUCACAGUCUCGCGAAGGAAUACUUGACUGGCGGGUUUGGUGGUGUUCUCUCCUUCGGUGUGAAAGGUGGCGCUCGUGCGAGUGAUAUUCUAGUUGACAGAUUGCGCAUCAUUUCAAACAUGACAAACGUUGGCGACUCGAAAACGAUGAUUACUCACCCUUGGAGCUCUACUCAUGUCGUCAUGUCCGAGAAGGACAGGAUUGGAGCCGGAAUCGCGGUGGAGAUGUUUCGUCUGUCAGUAGGGACCGAAGACGUUGAGGACCUCAUUCAUGAUUUCUAUCAAGCAUUGGCUAUUCCAGAUCCGCCGACGGAAGAUGUGAGC